GCCGCCGGCGGGGCCCGCCCGGCCCGCGGGGCCCGCCCAGCCCCUGCAGCGGGGGAGGAUUGCUGGAUGAAGGCCAGCCCCAGGACUUGGAGCCAGAUGUCAGAGAGAAGCUGGAUUCCCUUGUGAGCAGCUCCCACAGCCCCCACAAGUGCCCUUCCCCUUGGCAGCUCCGGGAGGUGCCAAGGUCCCCGUGCAGACAUGGCAUUUAGGAGGACAGAGGGAAUGUCCAUCAUGCAGGCCUUGGCCAUGACCGUGGCAGAGAUCCCCGUGUUUGUUUACACGACUUUUGGGCAGUCUGUGUUCUCUCAGCUGAGACUCUCUCCAGGCCUGAGGAAGGUGCUGUUUGCCACAGCCCUCGGGACAGUUGCCUUGGCUCUUGCAGCUCAUCAGCUGAAGCGCCGUCGCCGUCGGAAGAAGCAAAUCGCUCCCGAGAAAUGUGGAUUUAAACCAGGAGGGAUCACAGUACCCAUCCUGCCAACCAGAAGGGUCUCCUCUGUGAAGAAAGGCUACUCCAGCAGGAGAGUCCAGAGUCCUGGCAGCAAGAGCAAUGACACACUCAGCGGGAUUUCCUCCAUUGAGCCCAGCAAACAUUCCAGUUCCUCCCACAGCCUCGCCUCGAUGGUGGCUGUCAACUCCUCCAGUCCAACACCCGCAGGAAUGUGGGAGGCCCAGGCAAUGGGAGAUGCUGGAGCCAUUGGGGAUGCCAGUGCAGAAAGCCUCUAUGUUCAAGGCAUGGAGCUGUUUGAGGAGGCCCUGCAGAAAUGGGAACAGGCACUGAGCAUCAGGCAGAGGGACAGUGCCAGUACCAGCACCCCUGUGCCCUGGGACAGCAGGAAACAGCAGGAGAGCAUAUCUGAGAAUAUUUCAGAGGAGGAGUCCCAGAAAAGGGAGUUUGCUGAGAAGCUGGAGUCCCUCCUGCACCGAGCCUACCACCUCCAGGAAGAGUUUGGAUCCUCACUCCCAUCAGACAGCAUCCUGCUGGAUCUGGAGAAGACUUUAAUGCUCCCGUUGGCGGACGGAUCGCUGCGGCUCCGGACGGAUGAUGAGGACAGCUCAGCUUCUGAGGACUCCUUCUUCUCUGCAGCAGAGCUCUUUGACUCUCUCCCCUUUGAGGAAAUGCCAUUUCACCUCUCCAGGCCAGUGGCAGCAUAUGAAGAAGCCCUGCAGCUGGUGAAGGAAGGGAAGGUCGCCUGCCGGACGCUGAGGACCGAGCUCCUUGGCUGCUACAGUGACCAGGAUUUCCUGGCAAAGCUACACUGUGUCAGGCAGGCAUUCCAGGAGCUGCUGGAGGAUGAAAGCAAUCAACUGUUUUUUGGGGAGGUUGGGAAGCAGAUGGUGAUAGGACUGAUGACAAAGGCUGAAAAGAAUCCCAAAGCUUUCCUGGAAAGCUACGAGGAGAUGCUGCGUUACGCACUGAGACAAGAGACCUGGCCGACUACUCAGCAGGAGCUGGAGGGAAGAGGGGUGGUGUGCAUGAGUUUCUUUGAUAUUGUGCUGGACUUCAUCCUCAUGGAUGCUUUUGAGGACCUGGAGAACCCGCCCUCCUCCGUGCUGGCCGUGCUGCGCAACCGCUGGCUCUCCGACAGCUUCAAGGAGACGGCUCUGGCAACUGCCUGCUGGUCAGUUCUGAAAGCAAAAAGGAGGCUUCUGAUGGUACCAGAUGGCUUUAUCUCUCAUUUCUACUCCGUAUCGGAGCAUGUCAGUCCUGUUCUAGCCUUUGGUUUUCUGGGGCCCAAGCAGCAGCUCUCUGAAGUCUGCAGUUUCUUCAAGCACCAGAUAGUGCAGUAUCUGAAGGACAUGUUUGAUUUCGACAACGUGAGGUACACGACGGUGCAGCUGCUGGCAGAAGACAUUCUGCAGCUGUCGCGGCGGCGCAGCGAGAUCCUCCUGGGAUACCUGGGCACCGAGAGCUCCCCGGAGAUGAACGGCACGCUCCCUGGGGAAACAGAGCCACUGAAGGAGGAGCUCAUCUGAUGUCAGGGGAGGAAAACACUUUUUGUACAAGGACCUUUUUCCUCCCAGAGGUGGAUAAAACUACCUGCAGCGUGCAGCGGUGGCAGCAAGACUGUCUCAACACACCUGGCGGGACCUUCUGCUUUUUGUAGCCAGUAGUGUUUGCUGGGAUGGAUCCAGGACCACUUGCCAGCUUAUGGUUUGAAUUUCUUCUUUGUUCCACCUUCCUGUUCUUUUUAUCAUUAUUACUUUUAAUGUGUCAUAUAUACAUUGUGUCCUGAACUGCCCGGGGCCCAGAUUUUUGCCCAUUCUCUUGAACAGGGCAAACAUACGUUCCUGUUUUGCCUGUGUGUGUUUUCUGGGAGGUAAUUCCUGAUGUUUACAGUGUGGGAACAGGAAUGUCAUUAGUAAAUUCUCCACUUGACCAUUAGCUUCUGAAGGAGGCUUUGCUUGCUUUGGGAUUUUAUUACCGGUCCUCUCUGCUGUGUUCCUACAGACAUUAAUUACUGCUGAUUUUUACUUUCCCUGUGUUAACACAUGCAAUGUGACUAGGGAGAAUUUCUUUCCUGGGGAGGAAGAAAUAGUUCUGUAAAGCACUGAAGCAAAAUGCAGUCUGAAGCUCUAGGGAAAUUGGUCUGUUCCCUUGGUGUUGCUGCUCUUUGCAGACCAGAUGACGGGGUCUGUGCUGUGGUAAUCUUUGCUUAGGAGGUUGCUGAGGUCUGUGUUUGCCCCCAGGGCAAGUUAGUGUGAGGAGGGGAUUUGCAUCCUGCCUGUGCAUGCACAAAGUGUUUACCAUCCAUCGAAGUGCCUUGCUGGAUUUCAGAAUGAGCCAGCAGCAGGUUUUUGCUGGGUAGGAGGUGCGGGGUGUGUGCAAGAGGGAAGCAGUGUAAUGUGGUGCCUGUUGCUGUUAUGCACAAGGUGGUCAGAGGUGUAGAGGUUGGAUGUGUGCACAAAAGGGGUUGUGUGUGCAGAUAGUUGCAGAGCUGGGGUUAAGCUUCUAGAGAGGAAAUGACUCUUGAUAGUCUGUCAGUCCUAACAAACAGAGCUUUGGGUAAUGAUGGAGAGUGUGUGGGUGUAUGAUGUGGUUCUGCUGGGGCUGGGUCUCCUCAAAUGCUGUGGUCCUGACUGCACGGCCAGCACCUGGAAUCUGGCUGCUUUGGGAUGUGAGCUGAGUUGGAUACUCAUGUGGGCCAGCAGCAGUGGAGUGUGCUGGACUUGCAGAAUCACAGAACAUGCUGAGUUGGAAGGGACUCAUCAGGAUCAUCAAGUCCUACCCCCGGCCCUGCACAGGACACCCCAAGAAUCCCAUCCUGUGCCUGAGAGCGUUGUCCAAACGCUCCUUGGACUCAGACAGGCUUGGUGCUGUGACCACUUCUCUGGGGAGCCUGUUCCAAUGCCCAACCUCCCUCUGGGGGAAGAACCUUUUCCUAAUACCCAACCUAAACCUCCCCUGACUCAGCUUCAUGCUGUUGACUUGAGGCAGUCCUGGCUUUUGUGUGAGGUUUGCAGUGAUUUGCUGAGUCCUCUGAAUGCAGUGUCAGAGGUGAAGUUGAGGUCCAGCCUGUGCUUUCUCCUAUUUCAGUCUACAUAAAGCUCCAAGUCCCACCCUUGGAAUGGGGAGGUCUUCAGGACUUCUACAAAAACAUGAGCUUCACUGUUUUUGUUCCAGGCUGACUGGGUGCCCCUUGUUCUGUUCCAGGUAAAAGACCCAAGUCUUAUCCAGCCAUAUUUUUGCAAGGGAAAAAAAAUAAAUAUGUAAGAAUCUGGAAUUUCCAUAUGAGUGGAAAGUCAGUGCAUGGGCUUGGAGAAUACAGAUCUCUUGUCUCUCUUCAGAUAUCCAGUGUGGUAAAAGCAGGUAGGAAGUAAACAGAGAAAAAAGUAAACAGGAGGAUGUAAAAGGAGCAGAUAAAUGUGCUGUGCCAUGUGCUCUUGGGGUCACCCUGCUUGAGCAGGGAGGUGGGACCAGAUGACCCACUGUGGUCCCUUCCAACCUGACACAUUCUGUGGUUCCCUGAAAUGUUCCUGAGAUGUUUGCAAGAGGGUAAGUGUAGAGCACGUUAACAUCUGGUGCUCUGUAAGCACAUCAGGCUGAUGUGGCUUAUCCUGAAAACCAGAUUAAUGCAAUAAACAGGACAAUGCUGAGGCAGAAAUGAGGAGCAGCUGCCCAAAGUGAGGCUGCAUGGAAUAAACUGUUAUGAGAAGGACUUGAGAGACAGCAGUUGAAACUAGGAAAGGUCUCUGAGGUGUCUUGCUCCUGGCAGUGUGCAGGAGGAGGAGAAACAGAGGAUAUUGUAUUAGCACGACACGCCUGCUACGUGUAAACUGUGAUUCAAAAGGAUGGUAUAUUCUGAAGGCAAGUUAGUUUGCAGGAAAAAAAAUGGUUAUUGUGCUUUGUGCUCUUGUAUGGCUGGUGUAGAAGAAAGAGUCACUUCAGCAGCUUUUGUACAGUGGUUAAAAAGAUGCUAAAAUGUGAAGAUUAAUGUAACAAGAUGGAUUGUGAUUCUAAACAAUCAGUGCUGUUAAAUGCUCAGUUUUAGAGUUGUUUUAUGUGUAUUUAUUUACUGUUUUGAGUGUCUUUUGGCCUCAGUGCUCGGGCAGCCUGCCUGCUUUGUGUACAGACAAGAACACUGGCUGCUGACUUUGGGCUUUCUGCAGCCUUGCAGGAAAGGAGGCUGAAACAGGGUCCCCCCGAAGCAAACACUAACUUGCACUGUGGCUUUUUAAGCUGAGAAAUUGUAAAUUCCUAAUCAAUCCAAUGAACAAAGACUGUUUUAUUACAGCUUGAUGCUUUUCUUUUCCUUAGCCUUUUUUGCAAGUAGGGCACUGCUGCCCUCCCAGUGAAGGUAAACAGGAAUCUGCCUCGGAAACUUCCACAGCUUCUUGAGCAUUGAGUUCUCCCUCUCUGCCCACAACACUGACUGGGCCCUGCCCCAGCCAAGGCAGUCUGCCCAGACAAACUGGUUUUAUCUUUACUGGGAUGGAUGUUUCAUUUCAUUGCUGCUCUUUGUCCCUCCCCAGUCCCAGUGUAGCUCAAGAGGAAAGGCAGAAAGGGGUUUGCAGGAGUUGCAAGGAGGGAAUUGCAAGGACCAGUGGGUUCAGAGGAGUUAUUCCUAUGGAAGAAACUCUCCUGACCUCAGGAGUGGUGGUCAGUGACCUGCUGUGUUCAGCUCCUUUGGAUCCAACCCUGAGCAGGGGCUUGGCUGCUUCCAUUGAUCCCAGAGCAGGGCUCAGCCCAAAUGGUGACUGUCUCGGACUCACUUGUUUUGCUGGGUAGAGUAAAAGGUUAUGUCAGAACACCUGCCUGCCCUCUGGCUUCCUGACAUCCCUAGAAAAUCCUUUCCCCAGCAUAUUAUGUUUAGCAAAAGAAAUUCUUCAGCAUUAGUAGCAGAGAUACAUAUUCAGGUAGAAUCCCUAGAGAUGAGACAUUUGCCUUUUUAUGAUGAACCCUUAUUCUCAAGGGGUUAAAUCAGUCUGGGCUGACACUCGCAAGAUUUUAACACUGAUGGGGAUUUAAAGUGGCUUAGCAGCUCUGAAAUAAAAUCCCUCAGUAGUUUCUGAUGCUUAAACAGAAUUUAAAAUAUGCAUGACUUUCAUUUUUUAUGUGGAGGCUGUAACAAGCUUCAGCAGUGGUUAAAGUACAUACUCGGUACUUUAGUAUGUAUGUAGGGACUACGCCAAAUGGCUUUAGGAGGGUCUUUAGGAUCUUUAAAGCACAUUAAUAAAAAAUUAUGAGGAAAAAUCUGCCUUGUCUCUACAAGAUCAGUGUGGCUUUGAAGAGCAUGACUUGUGCUGUCUCAUACAGGACGGUGGGAAAGCAGGAUUUUAUUUACCCCUCUUCAGUAGAACAUUCCUCUGCCAUAUCUGAAACUAAUGAAUGUAAACUUGUGCCUAUUUUUUUGUUGAUUUCCUAAAGGUGUUAAAAUCUGUUCUUGUUUUGCUUCUAUCUUUUUUUCUUUGCAGCUAAUUUUUUUUAAUAUCUUUAAUCUUAGGAUGUGGGCAUUACAAGUAAAAUAAAACUUUCCUUCAUUGAUUGUGGUUUUUGUUUCUAAAUUUCCUGGCAACACGUGCUAGAAACUUAGUCUUUGUUUUCUAACUUAGGUGACAAUUGUGGUGACACCUUUGGUGCUAGUGAUGGUAUAGAACAAGGUUUGCUCUUCCCAGAGUUAAAAUUAUGAACUUAAAGGGUUUUGAUGUAAACUUAAAGGGUUUGUUUGCAUGGGGAGUUUUCCAUGGGUCUGCUGACACGUCCAUAGACUAAGCAGGCUAUAAAAUAAACAAAACAGCUCCUGUGCUUUGAGCAGUGGUUGGAAACUAUGGGGUUUCAUUUUUCAGAUUUUUCUGUGGUGGUUUGGCUGUGUUGGGGUGUGGUGUGUGUAGAGUAGCAGGCUGUGAUGAAGCGAUAACAGGAAUCCCAGCGAGGAGCAGAACCUCUUAAACAUUGUCCCAGGUUCUUGUAGCACUUAUCAGCCUCCCAAACUGCACGAGAGAAACCCAGAGCAAAGCCUGUGGGUUGGUAUCAGAGGGGCCCAUCUGCUGAGCAAUGCAAGAAAUUCAUCUUCUUGCUCUUCUGAGGCAAUUACAGUAGAUUUAAAUACUCUAAUUUUCAGAUGAUACAGAAACCAGAGUGAAUCAGAUACGCUGUUUCUUCCACAGUGAUUAAAAUUUCAUCCCUGUGCUUAAAAAUAAA